UUCAUGAAAAUUCAGUAAUAAAUAACACGUCCCAGAUUAAGAUUAGGGCUCAUUUGUACAAUAAAUGCCUGGUCUUAUCUUAUCAAAAGAGCUGUGACGAAAUUUGUAUUCGUCAUUAUCUGCUCAGGUUAGACUCCUAUGUACAUCUUUCUCGCACAAGUCAUUGUCAGUUCGAGAUAAUGCACGCACACAUUCGAAUUAAUGGAAAGUGAAACAAUGGGCUUGUGAUUGUCGCCCAAUGAGCCGAAAUGGUUCCAAACUCCGCGCCACUGGAAUUGAUGCGUAGGACUCGGAAAAGGGUUGCGUCCCGAUGGAACGAGCUAGAUUGCAGUAAAUGCAAAAUGACUGUCGACAACGCAAAUGGGACUGCCGGCAAGUCGUCGCCGAGGCCCCUGAAGGUGACCGCCGUCGGAGAUGGUAUGGUCGGCAAAACGUGCCUCCUCAUCACAUACACCAACAAGAAGUUCCCAAAUGAUUAUGUACCCACUGUAUUUGAUAAUUAUGCCGACAAUAUUGAAGUCGAGGGACAAGAGUACAACAUGACCCUGUGGGACACCGCCGGACAGGAAGACUACGAGAGACUCCGGCCCCUUUCAUAUCCUAAUACCGAUUGUUUCCUGUUGUGCUUCUCGAUCGGCAGUCGCAGUUCAUUUGAAAACAUCGCGACAAAGUGGUAUCCAGAAAUCAGGCACCACUGUCCACAUGUCCCCAUUGUCCUAGUUGGGACAAAGGUGGACUUGAGGAGCGACCCCACUCAGGGCUCAGACGCGGCUGUCGUCUCCGUGCAGGAAGGUCGCAGACUGUGCAAACGAAUCAAGGCAGUGACCGUGGUCGAGUGCUCGGCCAAGAGCGGCGAAAACCUGACAACAGUCUUCGAGUCUGCGGUGCGAGCGGCAACCAAGACAAAGCCCAACAAGCAGUCGUCGUGUGCUUUGCUGUGAGAGAACGUCUUCCGCUUUUUAGUCAUAUGGACUUGCAAAUUUUAAGAAAAAUGAAAUCAGUGCCACGCAGUAUGAAAUAGUUACAUGUAUAUCAACCGCAUUUUAAUAAUAAGCCUUAUUUACGUAAAUGUGUGAAUCAGUUUGUCUUUGAGAUUUAUAUGCAUAAUAUUUCUUGUCAUAAAUUCCUUCAAUGCCAAAAAGUUACGGUUUAAUAAAUUUGUAUUAAGAAAUUGCGCGUUUACAUUAAAUUGGGAUAGUCCUAAGUUAUAAGCUGCAAUUCAUAAAAGUUUCUAUUAUAUUGAUUUAUUUACAAUUCAUUUCAGUUGGAGUUCAAAUAGAGUUAAAUUAGCUUUGAGUUAAACUGCUAAAAUCACUUAGAAUAGAAGAUUAUGUAGACAGAAAGAAAUCAAUGUUAAGCAGUAAAAUGAAUCUUUGUUGACGUAUUAUGAGCUACUUUUAAGCAAAAUGUGAAAUGACUAAAAUCAGCGGUGGUUGAUGGUUAGGGUGCCGCAAAGUAUUGAAUUGUCGUCAAGGUCCUUGAAGAAGACGGCCUUGUCUGCCAGCUCGUUAAGAUUCACACCCAAGGAGGGCAAUUGGAAGUUCGAAAAGCCAGAAUUCACGAAAACCUCUCUGAGGUACUCAACAUCCUAAAAAAGCAACAAUAUUAAUCUUAAAAAUAAUUUAUUUUUUAUUUGUAAAAUAAGAUAAAAUAAUAAUUAAAAAAAUAUAUAUUUAACACAAAACUCUUUUUACUGUAAGACUAUAUUUUAAAAUGCUUGUGUUUUUCCAUUUUAUUUUUAAGUUAAAAAAAAUUACCAGCGGCAAUUCUGUGAAUUCGCUGCACCGUCGGCCUUUGCGGUCAAUGUACAUGUCGUAUACUCCUUUUUCUUUGGGCGCAUUAAACGUCACGUUAACCCUGGGCUCAGGGUUGCCCUUGUUAUCGUGAAACUGCUUCAUGCUAAGCAUCGAGGGCUCCACGUUAUCUGCUCCAGGGGAAAUUAAGUUGCUGCCCAAAUUAUGCUAAAAUUCAAUUAUGUUUUGUAAUCAAUUUAAUUAAAUUGCUUGAAUUUUGAAAUAUUUUAA